AUGGCUGCCCUUCUCUUCUCUCCUUUCAAGGUAAUUGACCUCAUGGCCCAGCAGCCACUCUUGCCUGCAUCCGCCCUUGCCUUCCUUGCAUACGGACCGCCGAAUCUGGUGAGGACCGUUCUCAAUCAUCCCCUCCUGCAGCGCUACGUCGGAGAGCAAACCCUGAAGACAUCAUUGAAAGUAUUUGCUGCCAUUGGACUUAUCAGAUUGAUGAAUCGCGUAGCCAAUCGCCGGGCACGCAACAACUGGAGGCUUACUCGACAACCUGGUUGGGAAUGGUCCAGGGAGAUCGCCGUUGUUACGGGUAGCUGCGGCGGCAUCGGAAAGUGCAUCGCCCUCGGGCUCGCCCGGAAGGGUGUUCAUGUCGUUAUCCUCGACGUUCAAUCACUACCGGCCGACUUGGCGAAAAUCGACCAAAUCUCAUACUGGAAGUGUGAUCUCGCUUCUAGUUCUGCCGUCAAGGAUGUCGCUGACGAAAUUCGCCGAAGCAUCGGCCACCCGUCAAUCGUUGUCAACAAUGCCGGAAUCGCGAAACCCCAUGGAAUUCUUGAAACUACAGAAGACUACUUGCUGAAGAUAUUUGGGGUCAACACCUUCGCCCUUUGGUUCACAGCAAAAGAAUUCCUGCCUUCCAUGGUCCUCAGGAACAAAGGACACAUCGUCACCGUGGCCAGUAUAGCAUCCUUCUCCACGGCCCCCACAAUUGUGGACUACGCAGCGAGCAAGGCCGGAGCCCUGGCUUUCCACGAAGGCUUAUCGGCCGAGAUCAAGCAUGGCCUCCGGGCGCCUGGCAUUAUUACGACUGUCGUGCACCCUUACUGGACCAUGACGGGCAUGACUUCUGAGCACGCCGACAAGAUUAAGCGAGCCCAAGGGCCGUUAAUGCAGCCAGAUGAUGUGGCGAAAGAAGGCUUCGAGGGUAUCCCAAUUGGUUCCAAGACCUCUUAG